AUGUCCAGAUUCUUCACUCUCUGCUCAUUGUUUCAGGAAAAUGAUAGCGAAAUGAUUCGGGAAGCCUUUCGCGUUUUCGAUCGUGACGGGAACGGCUUUAUUACUGCGGAGGAGUUUCGCUAUUUUAUGACACAUAUGGGCGAACAAUUUAGCGAUCAAGAAGUUGACGAGAUAAUUGCCGAAGUUGAUAUCGACGGUGACGGGCAGGCUUUGGAGUUAUUUAGCCGCCAUAAGAUAUCUCCAAAUGACAAAAAGUUAUUCUCAAUAAACCAAUGGGUUUGA